AUGUUUGGAUAUAAUAAACAUGACAUUAGUGUAGUGUCUAAUGUUAUGUUUGAAAAAGCCAGAGAGGCAGAGCCCCAAAUUGAUUCCAGGGUUUGUCCCUCUAACCUCAAGCCCCCAGAAAUCUCCCUCUUGUGCGAUCUCCUUCUUCGCGGUGAUACUUUCUCCCUCAAACCUCAAGCCCCCAGAAAUCUCCCUCUUGUGCGAUCUCCUUCUUCGCGGUGCUCCUCCCUCGUGUGCGAUCCCCUGGUUCCGUUUACGAGAAGGAAAGAGGAAGGCGGCUCAUUGAUGAAAAGCCUGUGUGUUGAAUUACCGUCGAAGAAGAAGCCGUCUCCUCCGCGUUUGGCAGGAAAUGUUUGUGCUUGCUAUCAAAGGAUCAGGCAGUUAUGAUUAGCAGCAGAAAUGGUUGGCUUUGGCUUAUAAGAUGCAAAUAAUUGAUUGCUAUGCAGAAAUAGAACUUGGUCAUGGAUCAAAUGUUGAACGGCUUGAGACAACUGCAACUUUGGAACAAAAAUUACUUUUGAAAGUUGUAAUUUUUUUCAAUUAUGUGGCACUGUAUUUGUACAGUGAACACCUGAGAAACAAUAGCAUAAGAGUUUCAUUGGUAUAGUUUUAGGAUUCAAGACAAUUGUAUGAUUGAAAAUUAUAUGAAUUGAAAAUUUAAUGAAAAGUGGUUUCUUUGAAAUUUAAUUUGGCCUGUUGUUUGCUUUCAGCAAUG